AUCGCCCCCGGGCGGGUCGGGGAGCGGGGCCGGGGGACUGAGGGGAGAGCCGGUGGUGGAGGAAUAACGCCCAGUUUGUGUUUUAUUUCUUAAAGUUUCCUUCAGCCGCAGCCAGCCCAGCGACCGCCUUAUUGCCUGCGUGGUAGCAGCGUCUACACCAGUAAGGAAAGUGGUGCAGUCUCAAGGUUAUAAUAAAGCUGUGAGAUUUAUCUGCAGAGUUUAUGUGGAAUAGUAACGUGAGAGGAAUAAUUGUUCUCAGGAGGGACUUCUGAGUCUUUGACAUAGAGGCAAAAUGUUCUAGUCACGGAGGUGUUACUGGAGAUGGGCCUGUUCCUUCAGCCCCCUUAAAAAAGACAAGGUGGCUGUGUUAUGUCAUGUGCCUAGUCCUGCUAAUGCUCAGUCUGCUGUGAUAGCAUCAGCCAGACAUAGCGUGGCAUGUGGAUUCAUGUGGAGAAACAGGAAUGGGUAAAAAAGUGAAGAAGGAAGUAGAGCCUCCACCCAAGGAUGUGCAUACAAACCAGAGUGACUGGGCAUGUGUAGUUCUUUGUGAAGAUUGUUGUCUUUGGCAAGCUUCGCAAGUAGUAAUUUUGAUCCUCUAUUGAUUGAAAGCAAAACAGCAGCAACGGUCGUGCUAAUGCUUAGUUCGCCUGAAGAGGAAGUUUUGGCCAAAGCGUGUGAUGCUAUAUAUAAAUUUGCAUCAAAAGGUGAUGAAAACAAAGUGACACUUCUUGGUCUUGGAGCAGUGGAACGUCUGUAUAAACUCAUCUCACAUGAAGAUCCAAUUGUACGCAGAAAUGCCAUGAUGGUGCUUGGUAUCAUGGCUUCUAAUCAUGAUGUCAAGAAGUUACUGAGGGAACUGGAUGUCACAAAUGCACUUUUAUCCCACCUGGUGCCAGAAGAAGAUGUGGUUAUUCAUGAAUUUGCUACUCUGUGUCUGGCACAAAUGGCUGUUGAAUAUACUACUAAAGUACAAAUAUUUGAGCAAGGUGGAUUAGAACCACUUAUCAGACUACUAGAUAGUCCUGAUCCUGAUGUUAAGAAGAAUUCAGUUGAAUGUAUCUAUCUCCUGGUACAGGAUUUUCAAAGCCGUGCUGCAGUUUGCGAACUGAAUGUAAUUCCACCCUUGCUGGAACUACUGAAGUCUGAAUACCCAGUUAUUCAGUUGUUAGCCCUUAAAACCUUGGAAGUAAUUAGCAAAGACAGAGGAACCAGGAUAAUACUGGGAGAAAAUCAAGGCUUAGAUUGUCUUCUGAAGAUACUGGAAACCAAUGAAUUUAACGAUCUACAUGUGGAAGCUCUUGCUGUGUUGGGAAAUUGUCUUGAAGAUGUGCAUGCUAUGCAAUUGAUUCAGCAGACAGGAGGCCUUAAAAAGCUACUUUCAUUUGUAGGAGACUCUACUGUUCCUGAUAUUCAGAAGAAUGCAGCAAAGGCAAUUGCCAAAGCAGCUUAUGAUUCUGAAAAUAGAAAAAUAUUAAACGAGGAAGAGGUUGAGAACUGCCUCAUAAACCUUUUGGAAAUUGAUAAUGAUGGAGUUAAAGUUGCUGCUUCCCAAGCGAUUUCUGCCAUGUGUGAGAAUUUAUCUAGCAAACGUGCGUUUGGACUCCAGGGGAUUCCCCAGCUGGUAGAGUUGCUAAGCAGUAACAAUGAAGAGGUAAAAGAAGCUGCAGUCAUAGCAUUAGCUAAUUUGACAACAGCCAGUCCUAGUAAUUCAAGUGCUGUUGCUGAGGCGGAAGGAAUUGAGCCACUAGUAAAAACCUUGAAUGCUCAGAGGGAUGGAGCCGUUGCUAAUGCUGCUGCAGUGCUGACAAACAUGGCCACACAAGAACCCUUACGCCUAAGCGUUCAGAGCCAUGGGGCCAUGAGUGCGCUCACGGAGCCGCUGCGCUCGACCAGCAGCCCAGUGCAAAGCAGAGCAGCGCUCGCUGUGGCUGCCUUGGGUUGUGAUGCUGAUGCCAGAGCUGAGUUACGAAAUGCAGGUGGACUGGGACCACUUGUUGAACUGCUGCAUUCCAAAAACGAAGAAGUCAGAAGAAAUGCCUGUUGGGCUGUUAUGGUCUGUGCAAGUGAUGAACUCACCGCUGUCGAACUGUGCAGGCUAGGUGCUUUAGACAUCCUAGAAGAAAUUAAUCUGUCAACAGGGCGCAAAAAUAACUUUAGUGAAGCUGCUUUGGAAAAACUACUUGAUAACAGUCUUUCCCAAAAGUACAGCCAGAUGGGUUAUUUAUCAUCAAGUAAUGUCAUUACUGAUGGAUUCUAUGAUUAUGGUCAGAUAAAACCUGGAAUUAAACUUUUAUCUUUGGAGGAACUCAGUAUGCAAGAACUUACUGACCGUAGGGCCAUAAUCUUCAUUAAUGCUAAACCACAAGAAGAUGUCCUUGCAGUAGAGGAAAAGCCACAAAAUUCAUCUUAUGAACAGACUACCUUGUCACCUUCUGUUUCAAGAAAAAGCAGUAGAGAAAAAUCAAGCUUAAUGGUAUCCCCAGUAGAGGAAAAGCAGGAGCCACCUGGAAGAUCUUCGUUCAGUAAAAGCAGCAGUAAAGAAAAAGGCUUAAGAAAAGGGAAGGGGAAAAAAGAAGAGGAAAAAAUUAUAGAUGUUACUCAGAUUAUAUCCAAAGUCCAGGAUGAAAUAAAUCAAGAAAAUGCACAAUGGCAACCACCACCUGACUUCAUUUUACUGGAUUAUAUUUAUGAUGCUUCUAAAACAAUCCUACCACUCACUACUACGCGGGAACAGGUUGUGGCUCUUGCACAGUUUGUUGCAGACAAGAUGGGUGGUGCAAUUGAAAGAGACAAACUACAUGACUUCAGCUGGGAACUUCAUAUAAGUGAAAUAGAAUAUGAACUGAAAUCCAAUGUUGUGCCUAUUGGGAAAGUGAAAAAAGGGACAUUUUACCACAGGGCUUUACUUUUCAAGGUGAUAGCAGACAGAAUUGGAAUUGGCUGUAGUUUAGUUCGUGGCGAGUAUAACAGAGCUUGGAAUGAAGUUAAAUUGGUUGAUGACUCUCCACAAGGAGUAACUGGGCUUCUGCUUCCUCCUCAAGAGUAUAUUGUAGAUCUAAUGUUUGAGCCAGGCUUUUUGAUGAAACAGGGAAGUGCAGAGGCAGAUCAGUACAAACGUAUUUAAUCAUUCCCAAAUUUCUCCAAAUAAGCAUUUAAAGAUGAUUGCAAUGUUAUUUCUUAUGAAAUAAAAGGGGCUUGCCAUCCGGUUAUCAAAAAGAAGCAUAUGUUUCUAUAGUCAUUUGCUGAAAGAUGUUCUCUUUUCUGAGAACUCACUUCAGAUAUCUGCAUCUGGUAUAUUGUCCUAAGCAUUGAAUUAAACAUACUUUACAUAGCCAAUCUCAAUUCUUAGAUAUUUGUGGAGACUUGGGUGUGGGAGGUGGCACUCUUUUAAGAUGAAAUUGUAAAACUAUAGAUUAAAAUUUGGUAGAUCAAGAAUAUUUGAUAUGUGUUAACAUUAUACUACUUAUUAAAUAGGUUUAAAUUAUUUCCAAAAUACAGUAUAUUCUUUUGUUUGUUUCUUACAUUCCUUCAACCCCCAUGCACAAUUACAGGAAUUAUGUGUUCAUGAAGCAAGAAAAUGUGAUGUCUGGUGAAAUAACAAGUCGUCUAAAAACAAUUGCACAUUUUUUUUGUGUGUGUGUCCUGGUUUCAGUUAGGACAGAGUUAAUUUUCCUCCUAGUAGCUGGUAGGGUGCUGUGUUUUGGAUUAGGAUGA